AUCAUGCAAGGAAACUCAUGAAACACACAUGUGUUUCUAAAAUCCAAUUUCCAAUUUUAUCCAUAUGAUAGCUUGUAAAUCAUAAGUUGUAACCAAACUCAAUCGUCAUAAUAUUUUAUAGUAGCCAGAAUUCAAUCUAAUAUCGCGUUCAAAAUGAAAAUCAAGUCAAUUUUUGUUGUGAUUCUUCUCACAAUUUUAUCAAUUUGUCAAAUUCAAUCGUUGCCGUGCAAGUCAAAGAAUCGGGUUAGCAGGUAUGUCCAAAUUUCGUAUGAAGACGACCCCCUAUUGGGAUCAUGUGAGAGAGACUUCGAAGAGGAAGAGGGUUUCCUGCCUCUCUCUCUGGGAAACUACCCUGAUAUGGAUAUGUUCGUGCAUGCGUUAGAAGGAGAUGGAGCCAUUAGUAGACAGAGACGGGACAUCGGACCUGAGCCGAGAGCGAGGAGAGUGAAGCGUGAGAGAGAGCUCAAUUGGGAGAGUUACUGAUUUCGUCGAAAUUUAAAAAAAUCUAAAGAGUUACAAUAUUAUCGAAUUGGGAGGAAAUUCUAGAGAAUAACAAGAAGAUUGGUCAAGAAGAAUUCGGACAGCCAGUGAUUUCGUUGAAAUUUAGGGGAAAAUUUGAGAGAAAUACAAUCAUGAAGUCAGAGAAAAUUCUAGAGAAUCACAAGAAGAAUUCGGACAGCAAGUGAUUUCGUUAAAAUUUGGGAGAAAAUUCAAGAGAAUUCAAGAAAAUCGUCAAGUCAGAGAAAAUACUAGAGAAUUACAAUUAUCAAAUCAGGAGAAAAUUCUAGAAAUCUGAAAGUAGAAUGCUCACAAGAAAAUGAAUGGAUCUGAAUGGUGAUUCUAUUGCUGAUAAGAAUAUAUCUUGUUGUAUGUAAUGAGCAAGAUUGUGCUAAGAAUUAUCACCAUAGAUAUUGUAUAGAAGAACUCUCCACCCUCUGCAAAUGAUUGGUUUUUCCAUCACAACAUUAUUUUUCAUUACUUUGUUACAAGAGGAAAUUGAGUUGAAGAGGAUGGUAAGAUAUGAUGAGGAUAAAAAUCAUUCAUAAAUCAGCUCUAAUAUUUGGACUACAUUUAUUUUUGAAAGAUUCUGACCAAAUUCCCUUUCAUCAUUCAAUUGAAUCGAAUCACUUGAAUUGCGGGUUUCCUUAAUUAAAUGGAAUGAUUGUAUGAUAAUUCGAUGAAGUAAUUAUUAAAAAGUGUUGAAGAAAUAUUAUCUUGUUCUUGUGAUAACAGAGGAAUCAAUUAUUGUUGAUGGAGCAUUCAUGAUA